AUGCCAGAUACCAGCUUGCGAAUCCUUUUCAGUCGUACUUUGCACAGCUCAGAUGCAAGGAAUGCGCGACGGUCCAAUCUACGCCAGGACAACUCUCUCACACAGUCGACCGUUGUCGACAUGAUGACGGACGCCAACAAAUCGCAAGGCUCUUCGCAUCCACGUAUCGAUAAUAUGCACAGCUUGGGCGCGGGUGGAGCUGGUGCUGCGUCUGCUCUGCCCUUCCACACUUCGACGGCUUCGGAGGAUGUUCAGGUCAGGAAAAGCGCCGGUACCUGUUCGGCUACGCCCAACGCUAGAGCCAGUCGGCUAUUUCGCGAGAGACGAAAGGAGAGAGAAAAAGUGCUCAGAGACACCGUUGCUGAGCUUGCCGAGCGCAACAUAGCGCUAGAAUCAUUGCUGUUGAGUCAUGGAAUCACACCGCCUCGCGAAGCGACGUUGAAGAAGGAGCUCGCCAUUCACAGAUCUCAGAAUUCGGGUGGUCCACCGAUCCACAUUCCCGGUUUGACGUCGGUGAGACCACUUCCGAUCGAAAGCACGGAUCUGCAAUGCGUCGUUCAAGAUGACGUUCACCCCUUUCAGGGCGUGCAUCAACCUUUGUCGUCGUCAACGCUGACUGGCUUCUGCAGCGGUGAACGAUCGUACGGUAGCAAUUUUCACGCAUCCAGUGAGACAAGCUAUUCUUCAGAUGCAUCGCUGGGCAUUUCAUCUUCUUUGCUUGACAGCUCGUCAAGAACGGUCUCGUCCGAGCACGCGUUUUGCGAUAUGCUUCAAACACACGCCGCAGCCAUAAGUCCGACGUAUACAGCUCCAAUGCAAAGACCCCAUCAAGCAGGACGGAUGCGACCGUUGCAACUUACGAAUACGGCCAUAGCAGGCUCGCAUGCUCCUCUGACGUCGUCCCCGGACGGUUCCACACAGAUAAGCUCGACCCUGACCCGGGUUUUUGAGCCAUUUGGGGUCAAUGCAGCGGCAGGAUGGACGCCGACUCGGCUCUCGCCGCAGCUAGGAUCGUAUCAACAGGGCGCAAGCAUGUCGCCGAAUGCUAUGACGCGGGAAGCAGCGAGCAGGCAUUUGCGAUCGCCAUCCGACCAUGCCGUCUGGGCAAGCACGUCGUGCCUCAUUCCGGCAACCAGAAGGAUGUCUACUGCUCGGCCCGACCUUCUGCAGCGCCAUUCCUUGCAUGCCUUCAUGACAGACCAAGAACACGCUCGUCAAGACUUCAUCUCGUGGGAUCAUCCGACCCUUUAUCAACCGUUCCAUGGGCCAGAGCAACAAGUUGCCCAUCCUCGAGAGGCAUCUGCGCAACUGCAGCCCUCCGACGUCGGUAUGUCGGCGAAUGCAGAUGCUAGCGCCGUGUCUUUACGAUCUCCACCUGCGAGUUAUCGACAUUCCCGGACCGGUCAUUCGCAACUUCCCGACUGA